AUUAUUAUUAUUGAAGAUUAUUAUUGUAUGUCUAUGAUUCAAAUCAACAUUUAUCUGCUUUGCAGCAGUCUAGUCGAAAAAAAAUUUUUUAAAUACGUUUAAAACAAAAUAUUGAUCUUCACUUUAUGAUACAAUCGAUUAACUGUUGAAUAUUUUAGGAUGUCUGGGAAUGUGAAUAUUUGCGGAAUAACGGAAGAAGUCCGUCAAGCAUUGAAAGAAUUCAGAUUUAGAAAGGAUGAAGAUACAUCCGCCCUCAUUUUAAAAGUCGAUAGAGAGAAACAGCUUAUCAUAAUAGACGAAAAAUUGGAAAAUAUUACAAUCGAAGAGUUGCAAGAAACUCUGCAGAGUCAUCAGCCACGUUAUAUAGUCCUUUCAUAUCGCAGAGUACAUGAAGAUGGUAGAGUAUCAUUUCCCCUAUGUUUCAUUUACUUUACACCAAGGGACAGUCAUGCUGAAUUGCAAAUGUUAUAUGCAGCUUCGAAAAUAGCACUUCAGCGAACUGCAGAUCUAACUAAAACAUAUGAAAUAAGAGAAUUAGAAGAAUUAACAGAAGAAUGGCUUCUUGGUAAACUAGGAAACUGACAAAAAAACUUGAUCAUUAAAAUAUAUAAUAAGUACAAAAUUAAAAGAAUAAUAAAUUUUUGAAUCUUUAUAGAAUAAUAUAUACAUUAAUAUAAUAUAACAUGUAAAUAUGUAGACACCAUAACACUGGUAAAUUACAUUCCAAAUAAUUAAUUUCUGUAAAAUAUCACUAGGCAUAUUAAUUAUUCUGAAAGAAGCUAUAAAUGUCAAUAGAACAUCUUCAUCAACAAUCAGAUCUUAUAAAACUGCUUGAAUAUGGUAUAAGUAAUAUUGUAUGAGCAUAUUAUUACUUGAUAUUGGUUAUUUUAAUGCACUGUUUCAUUUUUUGCAAUUAUUUUUUCUUGCCGUAGUAUAGGUUUUCACAAUAAUGGGAGAUUUAAUGGCGAUCAAUAUUGAUUACAAAUAAUUGUACCAAUUUUUUUUCCAAUAUUGUUUUUCUUAAAUCAAAGUUCUUCAUUCCUAUCAUCAUAGACCAAAUUUUGUGAUAUUCAUAUGUUGAUAUAGAACUUUAAUCACCUGAACUGCCACCAAAUAUUAUCCAUAUAUACCAUAUAGUAUGUAUAAUAAUUGAUCAUGAAAACCACAUUGUUGAAUCCCUACAAUUUUGGUGUAUUAUAAAUAAGUAAUGUUUUAUACAGGUGUUUAAAUUAUAACUAUUUUAGAUUAUAACAAUUUGAAGAAAGUUGGAGAAAAUUAA